AUGAAUGUUAGCCAUACCGGUAAUGAACAGAUAAUGUGGAUCGAAGUAAGGCGUAUAUGCGAAACUGUACAGAACUUCGAGGAACGUGAAAGCCCUACCGAAUGCGCCGAAUUGAUUAGAGAAAUUGAAAAAUUCAAAUGGAAGAUCCAAAACAUACUGAAAAACCAGGGCAAAUCUUCAAUUGAACGAGUCAAACUCAAGGCGGAUGCCGAAAUUCUAAUCGAUGGUGUCAAGGUCCCUCUAGAUCAGGCGCUUUGUGAUGAGACGAUAAUAAUCAGCGAUAUUUUCAAUUUGAACGAAAUGGAUGCUCUUGAACUCGUUCUAUCAGGUGAAACUCAAAAAAUCCACUUCGACUGUCUGAAUCGCGGAUUGAUCGCUGUUGUCUGCUACUACGAUGUGCAUAGACUACUCGCUGUCCUUCUGAGAACUAUCUUGGAUUGGGACAAAGAGACAAUGCAUGAGAGCUUACGAGCGUUUAUCGAGCAGAAUUUCGUUCAGCGCACCAUGUUUCAGCAUCUUCUUCAGCUCCAAGCCAGCUUCAGCGUGGCAUCAGAGUUUCAUAUGUUGUCACAGCCGCACGUGAACGGUCUGGGUGGUCCCAAACAUCAAACAUUGCUGAGGAAUGUUAUCGAAGAAAUACGAGAAAAUGCUGCUGAAGCCUUGUAUUCAUUAUGCGAAUGGGGAGCUGAGCAUGCAAAUGAGUUCCUGAUGGAUGUGUAUCCUAUUCUCAAGGGCGUUCCUCUAGCAGAAAAAUUUCUGGCUCAUCACUUAUCAGCUUGGAUAUGCCUGGUGAAGCUGACCUCUCAGAAUGUCUUAUCUCAAACGAACACGGCAGCUGCAGUGCUUUCUAAUUUCGUGAAAGAAAUCCGCAACGAAACAGUGUGGAGUGAUCAAUCAGUAUGUGGAACUGCACAACUAGCAUGUGCAAUCGCUCUACGCUCACUUGCCGUCAGCCCAGCUGAUCAUUUGAAUAUCACGAAUGUAGAAGUAGACGUGGAGAAGGUGGUUGAUCGAGCUGUGCGUAACAUGGCGAUUCUUAUGGAGAUCGAGCGGAAUUCCGAAGAUGAAUUGACAUGGGUAGAUGAAAUGUCAGAGAAAGGGCAACAGGCUACUCCUGCCUUGCACUACGAGAAUCUUCUUCGAUGUAUCACGGAUCUUUACCAGAUUGUUGACGAUCCGAAAGCCAGUGAGAGCGUGAAGUCGUACAUCGUGGAAUUGAGUAUAGCGUUUAGUAGCUCGGGAUCUAUGGAGCUAUGUCGUUUUAUCGAGCGCGCUCGACUUCCGCACCACGUGGUUCAUGCUGUUGCCUACCUUGAUCUCCUAUGUGCCAUAUGCCGCACACGUCAAGUUGCUGCGUUUAUUUUUGAUGUGUUCGCUCGAGUACCAGCUCACGAUGAGGGAUACGUUGGAUGGGACCAUGUAAUGUCAGCGUUGCGAUCAUACGAGAGAUUGUUCCGAGAAAGACCUGGUGGAACGUCGAUGUUUGGACAUUCCUUAUCUCAACAACAACCCAAGGCUGUCAUUCCACCACGAGAACUUAUAGGAAUGAUCACAUGGAUCAACCUUUCGAGGAUUGUUAUAAGCUUGGACGAAGAAGCAGCUGAAGUAUUCCUGGAAGAACGUCAGUGGGCAGUUCUAGAUGCUGCAUUAGGAGUAGUGACGGCCCCUGUUCCUCUGUCUCUAAAAGGAGCUUUGUUGAGACUGAUAGCGGCAUUGGCGAAGAGGGAAGCAUCUGCGCAUAGGUACGUCUUUUGUGUAGUUUAUGACAAGAUUCAAGUUCAUUGUGAAAUUUUAAGGAUUUGGACAGCUUUAAAUGCUCAUCAAUUGCUCACAUUUGCAGAGAAUGGAGCUUUGUUGGGUUUGCAGAAAGAACUCGAAGAGCGCGAAUGCACUGAGGAGAUGUUCGACGCUUCUCUUGGAUUGGUGAACGUUUUGCGAUCACUUCUGUCGCAUACACACAUAACAAUACCUGAAAUUGCGGCUCCGUAUCUACAGUUUCUCACGAAAUCCAUAGUGUCCCAGAUGGGAUCACGAUCGUAUAAGGAUAUCGAGCAGUUU